AUGGUUCGCUGGGAUAAUCCUAAUGAAUCUCUAAAGUUAGUAAUUUCCUUGUUGGCUUCGAAAGCAGCGGGCGGCGACCAGGCGGCGGCGAGGACCGGCAGGUGGCGACCAGGCGGCGGCGAGGACCGGCAGGCGGCGACCAGGCGGCGGCGAGGACCGGCAGGCGGCGACCAGGCGGCGGCGAGGACCGGCAGGCGGCGACCAGGCGGCGGCGAGGACCGGCAGGCGGCGACCAGGCGGCGGCGAGGACCGGCAGGCGGCGACCAGGCGGCGGCGAGGACCGGCAGGCGGCGACCAGGCGGCGGCGAGGACCGGCAGGCGGCGACCAGGCGGCGGCGAGGACCGGCAGGCGGCGACCAGGCGGCGGCGAGGACCGGCAGGUGGCGACCAGGCGGCGGCGAGGACCGGCAGGCGGCGACCAGGCGGCGGCGAGGACCGGCAGGCGGCGACCAGGCGGCGGCGAGGACCGGCAGGCGGCGACCAGGCGGCGGCGAGGACCGGCAGGCGGCGACCAGGCGGCGGCGAGGACCGGCAGGCGGCGACCAGUCACUCAACACCGACACCUUCUCGUCGCCUUUUGUGCUGGUACUACCUCCUCCAAAGAGGAAGGAGAAAGAGAGGAAGGGGGAGAAAUGCUUGAAUGGCUAA